AUGUGGAUACUUGCUCUGAAAAGCGUGCGGGCUGAGGGCGUGUUCAACCGUUCCCUAUUCGUGAUGGAGGAUGAGGUGUGGACGGUGGACAUAGAGCAAAGCAUCAAGCUUCUCGCGACCAUUUUCUACUUCAGGUACGAGGCAGCAUUUGCCGGUGUUGCGACCACUCCAGGCGAUCUGCUCCGCAGCGUGAAUGACAGCGUCAAGAACUACGUGGACCUCAUCCGAGUGGCCAUCGUCAAGCUUGGCAAGAAGAGGACGACAGACACCUGCCCAACUUCUAGGUCGAUGCGCGAGCAAUGCCUGAGGAUCAAGUCUGUCGACGGGGCAAGAUGGAUUCAAAGACCACAUGCCAGAACGAGACUUCAACGGGAAGGGUUGGGGUAUCAACCCCAAGGCGAAGGGCAGCAACGCGUCAGUACUCACAGGAGAGAAUUGCGUUAUGUGGAUGUCGGAGCGUUCUUACAUCGGUCCCGAUGGGAAGAUGGUCACGAUGACGUGCGGUUGCGACCCGGUGAAGGCCUUAAAGCAUAACUGUAGGGCGUGCGGGUGCAAAGGGCGCAAGUACUCCCUCGCUUGCGGCUGCAGGGGCCGUUGCCAUUUGGCUCGCAAGCCUGUACCCGGUGCACCGACCGGCCAGGCCACGUACUCCGGUCCUGCCGGUGCUGCACACUCCGCAGUCGUUGCCAGCGCCAUGACGGCUCUUCUGGCGUCCCGGAACGCUAGAACGGACGAGGAAGAGGAAGACCCGGACGAUCCCGGUUCGGACGAUGACGACACUGGCCGUU